GGAGAUGGAUUUAUUGGUCAAGGAAUAACAUUCAGAAACACCGCCGGAGCGUCAAACCACCAGGCGGUUGCCCUCAGGUCCGGCUCCGAUCUCUCUGUGUUCUACCAGUGCAGCUUCGAAGGGUACCAGGACACUCUCUACGUUUACUCCGACAGACAGUUCUACCGAGAAUGUGAUAUUUACGGGACAGUAGACUUCAUCUUCGGCAACGCCGCCGUCGUUAUCCAGAAUUGCAACAUCUUCGUCCGUAACCCGCCUAACGGGAUUAACACCAUCACCGCUCAGGGUCGAACCGACCCGAACCAGAACACCGGAAUAUCCAUCCACAACAGCAGAGUCACGGCGGCUUCUGAUCUUCAAGGGUCUCUGGGAUCCGUGAAGACCUACCUUGGCCGGCCGUGGAAGCAAUUCUCCCGGACCGUCUUCAUGAAGACGGUCCUGGAUGGCUUGGUUGAUCCGGGCGGGCUGGUUGCCGUGGGCCGGGAAUUUCGCUCUAAGCACUCUGUACUAUGGGGAGUAUGAAAACACUGGGCCGGGGAUGUCCACGGCCAAUAGAGUCCAAUGGGCUGGCUAUCACGUGAUCACUUCGGUAAAUGAGGCUUCACAGUUCACCGUCGGCAACUUCAUCGCCGGUGGCUCAUGGUUGCCCUCCACCAACGUGCCGUUCACUUCUACUCUCUGAAGAGGAUUGUAUUCAGGCAUGAAAUGGAAAUGUACAUCUAAAAUACUUAAUUUGAACUUCUCAUUUAUUACCAAGUGUAUUGUUUGUUUGUUGUACGUAUAUAUGUAUUAUUAUUGUUAAUUAAC